UGAAAAAUGAUUUGAGAAAGAAGAACCCAACAAAGGCAAGCUCAAAGUGAAAACACUUUCCACUCUCUUCGAUCAACCCAAAGAAAACAUUUGUCACUUCACAAACUCAAUUCGCAAAACACACAACAAAAUUUUUAUUUAUUUCAGGAAUCUCUCUGAUGGCGUAAUUUAAGGAAAGUCAUUAAAAGUGCCCGAGAAAGGGCACUGAGCAUCGUUAUCUGCACUCUGAAACUGAACCACAACUGAUUCUUCAAUAUCAGAGGUGUUUUGCAGUGAACGAUUGCUCUCUGCUUCUAAACUUCAUUCGAUCGUUUGCUUCACAAUCAGUUCUCUCCCCAAAAUUCUUAUAUAUAUAUAUAUAAACAUCUAUAUAUAUAUAUCAACUGGAGAAGUGAAGAUGCUUACGUGCAUAGCUCGUCCAAAACAGGCCAGCGAUGAAUCGCUGAAUCAACGUGAAGAGUUAGACCUCAAUGGCCCACCAGGUUCUAAGCAAGCCAUGAAAUCCCUCACUUCUCAGAUCAAGGAUAUGGCGCUGAAGGCGUCGGGAGCGUACAGGCACUGCAAUCCGUGUACGGGGACGUUGACGCAGCAGCGACACAACAACUACGCCGAGUCGGACUCGGUGUCGGCGUCGGAAAGGUUCCGGUGGUCGUACCGUCGGACCGGGAGCUCAAACUCGAGCUCUACAAAUCUGAGGCCUUGGGGAAAGGAAAUGGAGGCGAGGCUGAAGGGGAUUUCGAGCGGCGAGCGCACGCCGGCGUCGGCGAGUGGCCGGCGAGUUGACCCGAUCGUGUUCGUCGAGGAAAACGAGCCUAAGGAGUGGGUCGCACAAGUAGAGCCAGGUGUUCUCAUCACCUUCGUCUCGCUUCCACGUGGCGGUAAUGAUCUCAAGCGUAUUCGAUUCAGUCGUGAAACAUUCAACAAAUGGCAAGCUCAAAGGUGGUGGGCAGAGAAUUAUGACAAAUUAAUGGAACUCUAUAAUGUUCAGAGAUUAAACCGCCAAGCUUUUCCUCUCCCGACACCUCUGAGAUCUGAAGAUGAGAAUUCGAAAAUUGAAUCUGCCGAAGGCAGUCCUGUAACACCGCCGCUGGGUAAAGAACGCCUACCUCGUACCUUGCACCGACCAAUGGGAAUGGGAUACUCAUCCUCUGAUUCACUUGAACAUCACCCAAUGCAAUCUCGCUAUAACUAUGAUUCUUGUGGUGUCAACUCAACCCCCAAACUCUCAAGCAUCAGUGGAGCUAAGACAGAAACAUCAUCAGUAGAUGCCUCUAUAAGAACUAGUUCAUCAAGAGAGGUCGACCGCUCUGGAGAGUUAUCUAUCAGCAAUGCUAGUGAUCUAGAGACUGAAUGGGUUGAACAAGACGAGCCAGGGGUUUAUAUUACAAUCAGAGCACUGCCAGGCGGAACUAGGGAGCUGAGACGUGUCAGAUUCAGCCGAGAAAAGUUUGGGGAGAUGCAUGCUAGACUAUGGUGGGAAGAAAACCGGGCCAGGAUACACAAACAAUAUUUGUGAUUGACAUUAGAGGAUGGCUGCAGGUGGUGGUGGUUUGCUGAUCAGGGAGGUGGUGACUUCUAUACUUUUGUUCUGUCAUACCAAUGAAGUGUUUGCAUCCAUAUAAAGAAGAAUCCCGGAUUUGAGAUUGCUUCAAAGCAUCCUUGUGGUUUGUGAAUUUUAUUUCCUUCUUUUUUUUUCAAAUUAAGUUGUAUAAAAUUAUGAUGGAUGAAGAGCACCCCGGUUUUGUAUUUGGGUUAUAAUGGUAUAGAGAAUGUUAAAUUUGGAAUUAGAGAACAAUAUUAGUACCGAUAGGUGGAAAACUUCUCUUUACUCUU